GACCUAACAGAAAUCUUUGCCGUAAUAUGUACUGUCACGGUCAGAAAGAUAAAGGAUUCUCAUUCCAAACUGGCAUAACGGUACAAGCAAGAUCACUGAAACGGCCACGAUGGAAGGAAAAACUAAAAUAUUUCCAAGGAUUAAGUGUGUACGAGCUUACGUCUCAGAAUCUAAACCCGAGGACCAGGGCGCCGACUGCCACGAUGUGGAAGAUACUCACUGGAUUAAUGGCUACCCCACCCCUAUAGCAAACCCCAUGUCUGGGUACGAGCAGUAUGCCUCCACUCGGAAAUCCUGGGGGAUCAACGCUCUCGGCACUCUGGUUGUGGAGGUGGAAGCAGACGAUGGAACAUGUGGAGUCGGUGUAACCAUUGGUGGUGUCCCUGGCUGUUACAUCGUGGAGAAACACCUCAGCAGGUUUGUGGAGGGACAGGAUCCUCGAGAUGUGGAGCUCAUGUGGGACCAAAUGUUCCGGGCCACCCUCAACUACGGACGCAAGGGUUUGCCUAUUCAGUGCAUUAGUGCUAUCGAUCUUGCACUAUGGGAUCUGCUGGGAAAGCUGAGAAAUGAACCGGUCUAUGCAUUACUUGGCGGGAAAACGAAGCAACGCCUCCCAGUGUAUUCUACUACUGCUCGUCCAGAUAUCGCAAAACAAUUGGGAUUUGUUGGCGCAAAAAUUCCGUGUGCCUAUGGGCCAGCUGAUGGUGACCAGGGAUUGAAGAAAAACGUGGAAAUAUUCAAGAAAUGGCGUGAAAUUGUAGGUCCAGAUUUCCCGCUCAUGCUGGAUUGUUAUAUGGCACUGAGUGUACCUUACACCGUGAAACUAGCGAAAGCACUUGAGCCCUUAGGAUUGAAGUGGAUAGAAGAGUUCUUGCCACCUGACAGCUAUGAAGGUUACAAAGAAGUACGGGAAGCCUUGCGUGGUUCCACAGUUUUACUGACUACAGCGGAACAUGAAUAUAGUCGCUAUGGAUAUCAACUUCUUCUUAAUUCUAAAUGUGUGGACAUUCUCCAACCAGACAUCUCGUGGCUCGGCGGAAUCACGGAAGCGCGACGAAUCGUCGCCAUGGCGUCAGCCCAUGACGUGUUGGUUGUUCCCCAUGGAUCCAGUAUUUAUUCUUACCAUCUACAAUAUGCCUUUCGCAACUGUCCUCUUGCAGAAUUUAUCAACCUUAGCCCGAAAGCGGAUAAAAUAGUCCCAUAUUUUGGUGGGUUAUUUCCAGACGAACCCUUACCAGCGGACGGUUUUAUCGACUUGCCCGAUCGGCCUGGGUUUGGCGUGACUCUGUGUAAAGACACACUGCGUCGACCAUUCCAACGUUCUUCGGAAGAAUCUAGAGUACAGGCGCUUAGUAACGCUACGUUCAAGUCCACAAAGAAAUCUCACAUGCCAUUUUGAACGUGUGCGACUUUUUUACGAUAAUGAAAACAUACUAUUUUUCAGCUUUUCUAGCAUUCUACGUUAUUGAAAUUUAGAGGUAUCAAGUGAUAUAACCCAGAAUACCUUACUUUAUCUUCAACAUCAUUUUGCUCAGUGGUGGUGGUAAUAAGAGAAUUUUGUUAAAUAAAUAACAAUCUCAAUCAGAGACUUAAAACAGUUUAAUUUUGUCAUAAUAUAUAUGUAUAACAACUUAACAAAAGAACAUGUUUAUCUGUACAAUAUUCACAACAAGCAACUCAGAGUUGUAACAUUGCCAUCAAACCUUGGUAAAUGUCUAUCAAAAGUACUGCCAUACAAAGACCUCGCAAUGCCAUACAAAAUGGAAUGUGAACUGAUACUAAUGAGAAAUUUAUCCUAGUCAAGAUGUUUGACAGACAAAACAGGAUUUUGUUCCCUCUUAAUUAAUUUAUACAAUUUUUUCCUUAUAUCAAUUGUAAAUCAUUUACUUUGUGAGAACUUGAUUUUGCGAUACAGUUUUGGUCUCAUAAACGGAAAAGGGGCGUAAUUCCAACUUCUAGUAAUUUUUGUACAGAGAAUACAAGAAAGGUAGAACUCAAAUAAAUCCAUUACAAUUGUAUCGCAAAACAGAUUCCCACGAAAUGUGACUUACAGAAUCAUACUAGAAUAUUUUUAACAUUCACUCUCUCUCACAAGCAUUCUAAAGAAGUAAGUGAAUUAAGCUGAAGUCCCCCUCCCCCCACAAAACUAUACACUGUUUUAUUAUCCCUUAUUUACUUUCUUUCAUAAACAAUGUUGCAACUUCUGAAAAUCACAGAGUAUACAUAGCACUUCCUUAGCACUGUAAACUUGUCAAGCUAACUAAAAAUAUUGAAUAAUCUUCAUCUUAAAAAAAAAAUCAACAAAAAACUUAAAACCACUGCCAUGCUUUAUGGUGUCAAAACAUUCAUUUCAUAUCUAACAUUUGAAGUGAUUUGGCAUCAUCUGUCACAGGGAACCAUUCUCUGUAAUAUUCAUAUAGGUAAGCUUAGUGAUGUCUCUCAUCCAGAUCCUUUCUUUAAAUCACACAACUACUGAAGCAAUAUACAUGACUGUCAUACAUAUUCACAAUGCCAUUUGUAUUAUCACUUAAGAAAGUAACCUUGGUAGGUCACUAAUCCAACAAUUUACAAAACAUGGAGGGUAUACCACACUGUAUGAAACAGAGACAUUUGGUGGAAUGCCAGGUGUGCAAAAUCUGACUUAACAUGUGAUAAGUCAACUGACAUCAACAAUUUUCUAUAAGUACAGUAUAAGAUAAUUUUCUUGUAUGUACAUGUAGUAUUAGAUUAUUGUCUUGAAGUAUUAGUUAAUUUCCUUGAAGUAAUAGGUAAUACUGGCUUAUCAACCUAUUAUGUAUUUAUCAACCUAUUAUGUAUAUGUUCAAAAUAUCAUUAACUUCAACUCUGCAAAGCCAGACAUCUAAUUACUCAAUUUGCUACAGAUUUGCGAGUAUAGAUAACUACAUGUAACUGGGACACCAGAGACAUCAUCAUGAAUGACUAUAAGGAUUAAAUAAAGUUUCAAUGUCA